UCCAAAUAGUCUGAGUGGGAGGAGGGAUAAGGGGGCAGCAGAGGGGUCAGAGUGUGAAAAUGAAGGAAAGAGACACAACUAGGCUUGUUCAGGACAAUUCACAAGACUUAGAGAAUGUAAGUGCACAACCUGAGCACGAACUAGGAUAAAGGCAGAGAAAAAUUCUAGACGAAUUACAGGAUAAAAAAAUAGAGGAGGAGGAACUGCGCUGUGAAUUUGGAUCUUAUUAAAAAUUAAUAGUUUUAUGAAUAUGGCUCGCAUCAGGCGCUACUCUGAGGCAAUGACACUGCCGGACUCUUUCAUCCAACGCCAGCAGCUGGAUUCCAGCAUGGCUGACACCUUCCUGGAGCAUCUCUGUCUGCUGAACAUUGACCAGGAGCCAAUCACAGCGCGCAACACCAGCAUAAUCUGCACCAUUGGUCCUGCGUCCCGAUCAAUCCCCAGACUCCACGAGAUGGUCAAGGCAGGAAUGAAUAUUGCUCGUCUAAAUUUCUCUCAUGGCUCACAUGAAUACCACGGUGAAACCAUCAAAAACAUCCGAGAAGCGGUGGAGACGAUUACCUCUGAUCCCUUGUAUUAUCGGCCGGUUGCCAUUGCCUUGGAUACGAAGGGUCCAGAGAUCCGCACUGGAUUAGUGAAAGGGAAAGUGGAGGAGGAGGUGGAACUGGUAAAGGGAAGCCAUGUCCGUGUGGUGACAGCAGAGAGUGACAAAGACAAAACAGACGGGAAGAUUAUCUGGGUGGAUUACCCCAACCUGCCCAAAGUCCUCGAGAAGGGAAACAAGAUCUACAUUGAUGAUGGCCUCAUUGGACUCAAAGUAGUAGAAACCGGAUCUGACUGGGUGGAUGCUGUGGUGGAGGCCGGUGGGCUGCUGUGCAGUCGUAAAGGCGUUAAUCUCCCUGGCUGCGACCUCAUCGGCCUGCAGGCGGUCAGCGAGCGAGACGAGGCCGACCUAAGGUUUGGGGUGGCCCAGGGUGUAGACAUGGUGUUCGCCAGCUUCAUCCGCUCUGCCCAGGACGUCAAAGAUGUCCGGCGAGUUCUGGGGGCACACGGACGAGACAUCAAAGUGAUCAGCAAGGUGGAAAGCCGACAAGGGGUUCAGAAUUUUGAGGAGAUCCUGGCUGAAAGCGACGGUGUGAUGGUUGCCAGGGGCGACCUGGGGAUUGAGAUCCCAGCGGAGAAAGUCUUCAUUGCACAGAAGAUGAUGAUCGGACGUUGUAACUCUGCUGGCAAGCCCGUCAUCUGUGCUACACAGAUGCUCGAGAGCAUGGUGGCCCACCCACGUCCAACCAGAGCGGAGGGCAGUGACGUGGCCAACGCCGUGCUGGAUGGAGCCGACUGUGUAAUGUUAUCUGGGGAGACCGCCAAGGGACUGUUUCCUGUAGAGGCAGUCGCAAUGAUGCACUCAAUCUGUAGGGAGGCAGAGGCAGCCAUUUUCCACCAACAGCUGUUUGAGGAGUUGCGUCGGCUCACUCCUCUCUCCUCUGACCCCACAGAGGUCACAGCCAUCGGAGCUGUAGAGUCCUCCUUCAAGUGCUGUGCAGGGGCCAUCAUAGUCCUUACCACCAGUGGCAGGGCGGCACAUCUCCUGUCCAGGUACCGCCCUCGAUGUCCUAUUAUUUCCAUCACCAGAAGCCCUAAGGUGGCCCGUCAGUCUCAGCUGUUAAGAGGAGUGUUUCCCGUCCUCUUCCACCCUCUGCCUGCUCCCGUCUGGGCCGAUGAUGUAGACAACAGGGUCAACUUCGGCAUGGACAUAGGGAAAGCAAGAGGAUUCUUUAAGACGGGCGACCUGGUGAUUGUCGUGACAGGCUGGAUCCCAGGCUCCGGUCACACUAACAUUAUGAGGGCAGUCAAUGUCCCAUAACAACUUGACCUUCCCUGACUCUAAAUCUGACUGACAUGCUGAAGUAUGAAUGUGAUGAGAACCACUCUUUUAAAUAAAACAAUAACCACCGCUACUUUUUGACAAAGGUGUUUUGGCAUCAUCUGUGCUAUUUAGACUCAAUGGUAGGUAAACACUUGUCACUGGAACUGUUCUCAUGAAUGUUGAAUUUGUGUUUAGCGUGUCUUGAAAGCGAUGACUCCCCCAAAAUAAAUCUUGAAUCAUUAAGUUUAA